CGUCACUUCCGCCGCCCAGAAAACAUGGCGGCUGCCAGUCCCAGUGAUUCGGCGCACACCCUGCCCAAAAAUGUAGUCAUCAAGACUGAGCCAGAAACGGAGGAUGUAUCUGUCAAGCGGGACCCCGUCAUUCCUCUCAUUUCCCCGGUCAGCGGACUCCAGCCUCUCUCGUGGUCGCAGGACCAUCGCCUGGCUGUGUGCACAUCCAGCUCCCUGGCGGUGAUGGAGCUGGUGUGCGACGUCCACAGCAACAAACAGGACCUAACGCUGCACAGGACUUCAAUCCCCGUCCCAGCCGAGGAAUACAAACUGCGGGUGGGGCCAUCAGUAGAGCUGUCUGAAGCAAUGGUAAAGUUCGCUACACAUCCAGAUCCUACAGUAAGGCAAGCAUUUUUGGCCGACAGGGUGAUCAACCCAUCAGUAGGCGUGCACAAAGGAAUAAAGUACGCCAGCUGGUCUCCGUUGGGUUGUGACUCGAGUGGACGCUGCUUGCUCGCUUGCCUAACACUUGACCACAGACUUACCAUUCAUAACAGCCACAAGCGUCUUGAGUGGAACAUGCUAGUUGAUCUUACUAAAAAGUACAGCGAGAGGCUAAAAGAGCGGAAUUAUGCCAGAAAGGAUGACAAGCUGCCGCAGACUAACCUGCAGGACUUUGACGAGCUGCAGCGGCGUUUCUGUAUGCAGACGCCUCUGAGAAUGGAGUGGUCGAGUAUUUACACAAUUAAACAGGUUCAGCCGGACAACACGGGCGUAGACUUAGAGAUGGUCCUCCUCGCUGUCUUGAUGGAAAACGGUGACCUCGUCUUGUGGAAGUUUGUGUUGCCUUUUACGGACGGGGCAGAUGUCACGUUUUAUGACAUCAUCGAAUCAGGCGUGACCAGACCAAGUGACUUAGCGUGGUGGGAGUAUGAAAACGCAGAUCGUCGCAUGAGCGGCCUGAUCGUCGGCAGUGAGGUGGGACCCGUCAAGAUCAUGCCGGUCAGCCUGUCGGGAGUUAAGGGGUACUUCACCCUCCGACACCCCGUCAUCCUGUGGAAGGAGUGCGAUGAGAUCGCUGUUGAAAACAUCAAAUGUGUCCCGAUGAUCCACCCGAUCCAUAAAUCCAGCUGCAGCCUCAUCGUUGCAUCACGUGGCUGCUACAUCUUUUGGUGUUUACUUGUGAUUUCCCCAGCUGGACUAAAUGUACACAACUCUCACGUGGCUGGGCUGCACUCCCUUCCUGUAGUCUCCCUAGCGGUCAGUCAACAAGGUGUCGCGGUGUACACUUGUUCCACAGACGGGUGGAUUAAAAAGCUGACGCCAACUUUUACAGAGAGCACUUUAAUAUUUAAGCAGGAGGAAAUGAUGCGACCAGAGAACCUCACGGGGAGGAGGAUACACGGGAUUGCAGUGAGCCGCAACGGAGCAUAUAUUGCACUUGUCAGCACGCAAGGUAUGGUCGAUGGCUAUCAUCCAGUUAACAGGACUUACCAGGUUCACUUUGUGACCUUAAAAACUCCAGAAGCCGCAGGAGCGUUGUUGCUCAGGUCCCCUACGCAGAACUUGUAUAAAAUGGCCGACCUGCUCGACCUGGUGAGGUGGCAGAUUUUGAAAAACAAGUCCAUCCCUGCAUCACUGCAGGACGAGCUCGAUCAGAAGAUCCGGGAAGCGGACUCGCCUUACUUGUGGCGGUUCAAGCUCUUUUUGGUGCGAAUACUUCACCAGUCACUGCAGUCACCUAACACAGAAAACAACUGGAAACCUGCAAAAGAGGGAAGCAAGGUGUUCAUAAGAGAUGAGGAAGAGGAGGAGGAUGGAGAAGACAAAGAAGAUGCUGUGAAAGAGGAAGGCGAGCCCAGAGGAGAAAAACUGGAGAAGGAGGAGAAUCAGGAGGAGCAAAGGGCAGAGGUACAGGCUUGGAUGAACACCGUAGAGACUCACUUGAUGAGAGAAAACAUGAAGAAGGUGUUGGGGGUGGUGUACCUCAAUACCUGGCUAGCAGAGAACAUUAGCAUACCCACCUGUGGCCUGGUGGAGUAUCUCUCUAAAGACACCAACGACAGAGCAUCAGAGGUCCUGAUUGGCCACAUCAAGAAUAAGAUGAACAAGCAGACGUUCUCGGAGCGCUGCAGCCUGUGUCAGGAUGUGCUGCCCUUCACAGACCACAAACAAACUAUGUGUAAAAAUGGACACAUGUGGCUCAGGUGUGCGUUGUCAUACCAGGCCUGCCAGACGCUGACGUUCAGACGGUGCCUCCUGCUGGAUAGCAUCGCCAGACUGCCAGAGCCUGAGGAUCCAGAGUGGAUAAAGAAGAUACUGCAGGCACCCUGCACGCUCUGCGACUCGCCGAUGAUCUAGAGCUAAACGAUCAUUAAAACCUCAGGGCUUCCCUGCGACCUUCAGAGCUCGCCGCUCUGACGCCGGGUCCAAUCUUGUCAGACAUCACUGCUAUUUUUUUUCUUAAUUUGAUAUAUUUUGUCCAUGUUUUUAUUACUUUAUAUUGGUAUGUUAAAAGAGCAAAUAAAAAGCUUUGAAUAUUU